AUGAUGAAGGCCAUCACCCAUCUCAUCUUCUUUCUCUUAUGCCUCUUCGGGAUAGUAAGAGCAGAUACGGAAAUAAUCAACUUCUCACUGCCCCUUCCUCCUCCUUCCCCUUCUUCAACUCCAUUCCUCUCCACAAAUUCGGAUCUCCUCGAAUUAUCACCGUCCCAACCUACCAUUGUCAAUCUCACAGAUUCCUCUCCCAAUCAAUCGUUCAUACUGAAUUUCCAAGGCUUGGAAAAAGAUUAUCAGAAAUGGACAAUCAGAAUCUCAUGGCCUGGAUCUUCUCCCACAAAGAUCAAGAUUAUACCUCCCGACGAAUCAUUCCAAUUCUCAAUAAUCGGUUCAUCCCUAUCUCCAAGGAUGUAUCAUCCACUCAUAUUCCAUGAUCUCCCGUACAAACCCGCAGAUCAAUUCCGUACACCGAUAUCAAUAUUACUUGAACCUCUGAUACUAGGCGUCAUACCACGUACAGCUUUACCCACCAUCUAUACCAUCUUACUGGCCGUGGUGAUAACAGGAUGGCACAUACCUCAUAUAUUGAGGUUGAUUGAAAAUAUAAUCAAUAAAUUGAAUGACCAAUCUCAAGUUCAUAUCAAACAGAGUUGA